AUGAACCAGCCGACUUCCAUGGGGCAACUAAUGCAACGCAUCAAUGAGCACAUCCGAGUAGAGGAUGAUGCGGCGGCGUCCACCGCGAAGACAAAUCUGGUGGCAACGGACAAAAGGGUGGCUGGCAAGGUACACACAAUCGAACAGGAGACAAGCCGUCCAAAUGAUCGCGCGGGGGAAUCUGACCGUGGUCCAAAUCGUAGAAACCAGGGUAGAGGUCGCCGCAAUGAUAGGGCAGAAUACCCCCGCGAUGACGCAGCUGAUGCAAACAGAAAGUUGAACGCUCAGACGGGCAUCACCAUAGUAUUUAAGAUUCCAAUCUAUCGCAUACUUAGUGAAAUCCGCGACGAGGAUUAUGUCCGGCUUCCCGCUAAGUUAGGCGAUACGCAAAAGGGCUUCAAUCCGUGGUACCGUUGCACAUUUCAUAGGGAGCGAGGGCACCGAACGGAAGACUGCUUACCCUUAAAACAACACUUGGAGGAGCUAGUUGCAGCCGGUCACUUAGACCUUUACAUCGAUGGGGGCGUUAGAGCUGCUCACCGCACCCUGGCUGAUCCAAGUGGUUCGAAUGACCUGGAGGCGCCCCGUCAAGGAGUGGUCAAUGUGAUCAACGGUAUUGUGGAGCCGGCGCGGGCAUGCCCGGUGGAUCUUACCGCAGUAGCCGAGAUGGAAAAUGAAGGCUCAAUAGAAAUAACACAACAGAGUGAUAUUGGCGACGCGGAGCUUGUGCGCCCAUCCAUACAACCUUCAAUCGGAAUUGUACCCCUGCCUGGCAAUAUGACGAUGGGCUUGGAAGUAAUCGAACAACCUGUUGGGUCUGGGGCCGUAUCACCAAGGGAGGAUGAAGACAUAUCUAUCGAAACCAUCAACGGAGAGCUUGCAACAGACAUAGCCGUGCAGCCAAGCGACCAUGAUGCCGUCAGCUUGUAG